GAGGUUACCAAUCAACAUGUCUGCAACCGCUGGAUUGGGGGCUCUCUUCGCCAAAAAGAAGAAGAAGGUAAAGUCGUUGAAUAUGACGGCUAAAAUGAAGGAGGAGGCCAAAGUGGAGGAGACCAACGAGGAGACCACUGAGGAGCACAGUCUUGAGGACAACUUCACCGCAAUAGUGAGCGGAGCUGAACCUCUGGUGAAAACCGAGACCAAGAUUGUCAAGACGGAUCUCAUAGUGAAGGAGGAUGAGGCAGAUGCCACUGAGCAGCAGCCUGAGCCUGUUGAAUCUAGUGAGGCGAUGAAGAAAGGCUGGAGUAAGACGCCUGCUGAAGUCACCGCUGAGGUAGAGGAAGAAGAGAAGAAACACGAGAUUGAGGAGGCUGAGAGGCUUGCUGCGAAGAAGGAAGAGGAAGCAGCCAAGCCCAAGGUCUAUGUCCCUGCCUAUUUGCAGAAGAUGCGCGAUCAAAAGAAGGCCCAGGAGGCGAAGGAGCGCAUCAGAGAUGAAGGCUUGACGCCAGCUCAGAUGAUGGAGUUGGAGAGGAAGAAGAAGUUGGCUCAACAGGAAGCCGAGAAGAAACAGGCUAAGAAACAGGCAGCGGCUGCUAGUGCUGCCAGUGAGGAGAAGAAGAGGCAAGAACGUGAGGAGGCUCAACGUCGUAAGGCUGAGCUGAAGGAACAAGUCAAGAAGGCUAUGGCUGCUGAGGUUUCAUCCAAACAAAGCACGCCUGAGGUCACUGCUAGUAAGGCUGACGGCAGCGCUCCUUAUGAACAGCUCAUCGCUAAGUACAAUUGCAGAGAGCGAAGACCGGUGAGGCCUCAUGCUGAGUUGGAUCCCUGCUUCCUACCUCCUCUGCAGAAUACAGCGUAGGCCUCUCUUCUCACAGUUUCUAGACGAUUCUUCAUUGUACACACUUCGCUACUGUUGCC